UCCAAAACUCUCUCCACAAAUUAUUAUAAACAAAAAAACAACCCACACCGAUCGAAAUUGGCGCCCCUUUUUCACCUUCGCAUUUCUCUCGUUGAUUCCAGAAACAGCAAGAACAACAACAACAACAAGAAGAAAACUCGACGCAAAGUAGAAGAAGGGAUUCAAACUCGCCAUGUCAUUAUCCCGCAGACGGACGUUGCUCAAGGUCAUCGUUCUCGGCGACAGUGGGGUCGGCAAGACGUCGUUGAUGAACCAAUAUGUGCAUAAGAAGUUCAGUCAGCAGUAUAAGGCUACUAUAGGUGCAGAUUUUGUCACCAAGGAGCUCCAAAUUGAUGACCGGCUCGUUACGCUGCAAAUAUGGGACACGGCCGGGCAGGAGAGAUUUCAGAGUCUUGGAGUUGCGUUCUAUAGAGGGGCGGAUUGCUGUGUUCUGGUUUAUGAUGUUAAUGUGAUGAAGUCGUUCGAUACUCUUGAGAAUUGGCACGAGGAGUUUCUCAAGCAGGCCAACCCUCCUGAUCCGAAGACCUUUCCGUUUAUAUUGCUUGGGAACAAGAUUGAUAUUGAUGGUGGGAAUAGUCGUGUGGUUUCUGAGAAGAAAGCAAAGGACUGGUGCGCAUCAAAGGGGAACAUACCUUACUUUGAGACAUCAGCAAAAGAAGAUUACAAUGUUGAUGCUGCAUUCCUUUGUAUUGCCAAGACUGCUCUUGCAAAUGAACAUGAGCAGGACAUAUAUUUUCAGGGCGUUCCAGAUGUCGUCUCAGAGUCUGAUCAAAGAGGUGGUUGUGCAUGCUAAACUUACUCAAGCAACUGACCUUCAAAGGUUGGUUGGUUAGUUUUCAAUAUUGUGCUCCUGAUUCGUGGCCAUUGUUUUUGUACACGUUGUAUACCAUGUUAUGGCUGUUAGCGUGACUUUUGCCAGUUGGGGAAGAUAGCUCUGUUUCGCUUAGAUGCAGUUCGAAGAACCCAAACUGAACGAACUCAUUUUGGAUUAAUCAGCUUCAUUGAAGCGGUCAAUUUGUUUUGUUGAGGGUGGCGUUUGUAAUCAAUGACUGAUUUUUCAGGUCAUACUGAGCUAACUUGUAGAAAUUUAUGUUCUCUU